CCCAGCAUUCUCACUGCACAAUUACUGAAGCUGCACAGAUGAGUUGCUCUGAAUCAGCAAUACCCGUGAGCCGUGUGUCUAUGCAGGUAGCAGUGCUGCUAAUGGCUUUCUGUAUCCAUGAGAUCAUUGGGGUUGGAUCUGAGUGUGGCAGGCCCAUGUAUGGCCAGAGUCGCAUUGUUGGCGGUGAGGAUGCAGUGCCAGGGACAUGGCCUUGGCAGGUCAGCCUGCACCGCUACGGUUCACACAUCUGUGGUGGGUCCCUAAUUUCAGAACGUUGGGUGUUGUCUGCAGCGCAUUGUUUUACUUUAACAAAAGUACCUUCUGCAUACAGUGUAAGGUUAGGUGCCUAUCAGCUAUCUAAACCCAACAGUAAUGAAAUCAUAUUAAACGUCAGCGAGAUCAUAAUCCAUCCUACAUUCAAUAAAACUACAUUAUUUGGAGACAUUGCUCUGUUGAAGCUCAAUACAUCAGUAUCGUUUACCUCAUAUAUACUGCCUGUAUGUCUUCCUGAUAAUUCUUCUAUAUUUACCACUGGCAUGAGCAGCUGGGUCACAGGCUGGGGCUCAACCAGCUCGUCAGUUCUCCUUCCUUAUCCCAAGACCCUUCAGCAGGUAGAGGUGCCCCUGUUGGAUCAGCAGAGUUGUGACAAGAUGUAUCACAUUAACUCCAGUUAUAGCCCUGGGGAAGUGAUUGUCACACAAGACAUGAUCUGUGCUGGGGACAAGGAUGGGGGAAAGGACUCUUGCCAGGGAGAUUCUGGAGGACCGCUGGUUUGCCAGGUAAAUGGCACUUGGCUUCUGGUGGGCAUUGUGAGCUGGGGAGAAGAAUGUGCUUUGCCCAAUCGCCCUGGGGUCUACAUCCGUGUCUCAUAUUAUAGAGAAUGGAUUUCAGGAACAAUAUCCUCACCACAAAUAACGUCUAGCACUGUCAGUACAGGAAUCAGAACCUCCAUUAAAGGGUCAGGAACAGUAAACUCACCGCAAACACCGGCUAUCACUGUCAGUACAGGAAUCACAAUCCCCCCUAAAGGGUCACUAUCAGGGUGUGGGAGACCCCAAGUAAACAGUCGGAUUAUGGGGGGUGAAGAUGCCUUAAACGGGGCCUGGCCCUGGCAGGUCAGCUUGAGGUACAAUGGACGUCAUUUCUGUGGAGGGUCCCUCGUUGGUAACAAAUGGGUCAUCUCUGCAGCUCACUGCUUCUCCCGUUACCCAGCAUCGUCAGUUAAAGUAUAUCUUGGUUCCUACAAACUGUCCCAGUACAAUUCCCAAGAGGUGUCUAUCUGGGUGAAAAGAGCCAUUUGCAAUCCCAUAUUUGGAGGCGUAGGAACCAGUGGGGAUAUUUGUCUACUGGAACUCCUUAAUGCAGUUAAUUAUACAGAUAAAAUCCUCCCAGUGUGUCUCCCAUCUGCUGAGGUUCAGUUACCCUCAGGAAUGUACUGUUGGGUGACUGGCUGGGGGAACAUUGAAUCAGGUGUCAGUCUGCCUGAUCCACAAACUCUGCAGGAAGUACAGGUUCCGCUGAUUGACGCAGGAACGUGUGACAACCUUUAUCACAUCAAGUCUAGUACCAGUGCAUAUACAAAGAUUAUUCUUGAUGACAUGAUCUGUGCGGGUUUUAUAAAGGGAGGAAAAGACUCCUGCCAGGGGGACUCUGGUGGACCUUUGGUGUGUGCCCAGGAUGGGCGCUGGUACUUAGCUGGGUUGGUAAGUUUCGGAGAGGGUUGUGGUAUUGAGAACCGCCCUGGAGUGUACACUCGCCUGCCGGCUUAUGCAGACUGGAUAGUAAGAAAUGCUCCUGAAGCCUCAGCAGUUGUGCAAAAUGUUAGCUUCACACCGAAUUCAUUCCUAAAUAUAAGUUAUGGCAGCAUGGGCCUAAUGAAUUCAGCUUCCAGCACAUCAGCACUUUGUAUUCCAAUUCUUAUUACAUGGAUGGUGACUUUUCUAAUCAUUUUUAUGACAUAGGACUCGUCACAGAUUUUAUUAAAUGAUCUAAAAAAGAAAUGUUAUGAACCUAAAGCUCACAGCUUACCCUGUUAAACUGAAUCAUUUAAAAAGGAUGGUGCUAGUAAACUCUUGCUGAAGAUAAUCAUCGAUAUCACGUUCACCAAAGGUGGAGAUCUUAACUAGAGAUGACCUAUGCUUGUGACAUAAUGAUACAAUAAAAUUAAUAACAUUAAAAGCAACAAUAUAUUUAUAAGAA